AUGCGUACGUUUACAAAUUUAACCUUCCUAGGAACAAGACACAGAACUCCACAAACAGAAUUAUUAGAAUUAGCAGAUCGAAUAAAUAAAUCACCAAAAUCUCAAUAUGAUUAUUAUUUUCGAGUCGAUUAUUCAAUAAAACAACUUCUAUGUCAACCAAUAAGUACAUUUAAUACAAGUUUAUCUAUUGCAUCAGUUCAAGAACAAACAAAUGUAAAAAUUAAUCAAUUAUUAAUGCAAGAAAUAAAAAUCGAUAUUAUUUAUUUUAAUGUAUUAUCGAAAAAUACUAAGCGAAAUUCAGCAUCUAAAUCAAUUUGUAAUUGUAUUAUUGAAUUACAUAUUGGUUUUAAUUUUUCUAAGAAUUGUGAUAGUACAUGUCAAUCGAUAGAGAUUCAACGUUUAACAUCUAAAACACAACCAUUUGGUAGUCCAGCACGUCCAUUGAGUAUACUUACUUUAUAUUCUUCUAAUUCUUUGAAAUCAAAUGCUGAAUUUUUUAUUCAACAUUUUUAUAUUCAUCGUAGUUCGAAAUAUUAUCAUAAAUCAGUUUAUAUUCAAUCAUUUUAUGAUAAUCGUUAUAUAUCUGCAUUCAUACUUGAUGCGGAUGUUGAACAAACAUCAAUAACAAUGACAGAAAUUGAUCGAAGUUUAUUUUUAAUACGUGAUGGUUUAGAACAAAAUACAUAUGAAACAAAUUCAACAGAUAUAUUUAUAUCAUUUUCAUCAUAUUCAGAAAAUAAUAUAUAUUUACGUCAUGUCAAUGGACGAGUUACAUUAGCAAAAAAUAAUCAAUUAACUUUAUUUAAACAAGAUGCAACAUUUAAAUUAAUUAUGAAUGAAGAAAAAAAUAUGGUUGCAUUUGAAUCAAUAAAUAUUCCGGAAUAUUAUAUAGCGGUUGAUCCUGAUUCGAAAACAGCAUUAAUUUUAGAAAAAUCUGAGAAAAAAGUAUUAACAAUUAAUGAUUUAAAUGAAAAAUUUUUAUUUAAAUUUAAUUUUUAA